AUGACGGCAAAUGGCGAGGCGGCGGCUCCCCCCCGCGCCGAGUCUCCCACGGGCUCGCCCCGGUCCGCGUCCAUCUCUCUGCAGGCGGCGGCCACGAUGAACGCCGGUCUGCAGCGCGAACCAUCCAGACAAUCCUCCAGCAGCUCGCUGGCGAGGAACAUUUCUUCCCCGCAAGCCAGCCGGCGGCGGUCCACGGUCCUCAUGAACUUGCAGCUCAACGAUCCCACCCUGCCGGCACCGGGGGAGAUGGCCUACGACCACUCUGGCUACCAGCGACACAGCCCGCUACCCCUCUCGGGCUCGCCCUUGACGGCCGAUCCCCAUCACCACCGCGCCCCGAGCUUGGGCGAGCUCCACCAGGAGCUGGAAGCGGAGCAGGAGGCCCAUGUGAACCGCCUCCUGCUGAUGAUCCGGCAGCAGCAGCUGGAGCUCCAACGCCUGCAGGCCUCACGGCCAUCCCAGAGCCAUGACGCCUCGGCCGACGACGGCGUCUCCGAAUCACGGGAGCGGCCUAUUCCGCCAUCGCAGCUCGCGCUGUCGGGCAGCCACCCGGUUGGCUCCGUCGGCUCGUACUCCCGCUCGCCCGGGUUGCCGCACCCUCGGAGCUCCUUCGACAUGGCCCGAGCGGACAUUCAGCGUCGUUCCCGAACGCCGAGCCGCGGCCCGUCCCCCCGACUUCGAGCGACGUCCAUCAGUGCCGAGAGUGGAGAGUGGGUCUUGGGUGGCCGUGACGAGAGCGCCUUUUAUCAAGCGGAGGCGCAGAUGCUCGUCCGUGAGAAUCAGAUGCUGCGGCAUCGCAUUCGCGAUCUAGAGAAGCAACUGGCGGAAACCUCGACUAGCGCGACGGCCGCGACGGAACCGGCUAUCCCGUCUCAGCUCACACGUUCAUCGACGGUGGCGGAUGAGGAAGCGGAAUCCACGACCGACACGACGUGA